AUGGACAGCGGCAGCGGGCUUAAUAUCAUUUAUGCCGCCACAUUGGAAUCGUUGGGAAUCCCGAUGACCUGGCUCAGCAAGAGGAACAUGCAGUUCCACGGGGUAAUCCCUGGGAAGAAGGCCAAAUCACUUGGCCAGAUUGCCCUCGAUGUCGUGUUCAGCGAGGAGAAGAACUUCCGAAAGGAACGACUGACUUUCGAGGUGGCGGACUUCCGAAGCAGUUAUCACGCCAUCCUGGGUAGGCCUGCCUACGCACGUUUUAUGGCCCGUCCAUGUUACGUGUAUCUUAAGCUUAAGAUGCCAGGGCCGAAAGGCGUGAUCACCAUCACAGGCAAUCGGAAGUUGGCCGAAGAGUACCUCUAG